CAAGGUAAAUUUUUUUUUUAUUAUCGGAUAUGGUAAGGUUAACAGGUUGUACAAUGAAUUAUAAUUAUCAGAUCUUUUUUAUUGUUUUAGGUUUUGACCACCAAAUGGACUAAAACUUUAACAGCUUUGGUGAACAUUUUAUAAGAGGGAAAACAAAAAUUGAAUCAAUUUAUUUAUUGAUUAAUUAAAAUGAACGACAAACGGUUGAAUGACGGAAGGAUAUGAACAGAGAUCAGUUCAACAUAGAAAUACAAAUAAAAAAAAGAGAAUACUACUAAAUAUAUGACAAAAUAUGACCAGAAACAGAUAUAGCAAAUUGUAUUGGCAAACAAAAAAACGUCAAUAGUAAAUAAAUGAUGAUGAUUUUUUCCGUAUUUGAAUAACGAUUAUCAGUGGUUGACAAUAUAUAUAAAUAAAUAAAGUUUUUAUUUCUGGUCAAAUCUUGGUCGAUCGAAUGAUUUUUUUUAUAGCCAUAGUCCAUUCAUACAUCUGAUUCGAUCAUGGUUUGGAUCGAGAGUAUCGUAUUUGGUUUGAUUUUCACCAUAUUUUUCCAUAAUAAUAAUCAUGUUCAUUGUAAUAAUUUAACUAGUGUUGUAAAAAAAGAAAUUGCUUAUGAUGGUUACAAAGUUUUUCGUGUUCGUGCAGAAAAUAUUGAUCAGCUAUUAUAUUUACGACAAUUAUCCGAUGAUGUUGAAAAAGUUGAUUUGAAAAUUGAUUUCUGGUCGAUGCCAAAUUCAUUAAAUUCAUCUAUCGAUUUGAUGGUAUCACCAGAAUUGGGAAAUGAUCUGCAGACCAUUUUAGCCAAACAAAAUAUUAAAGCUGAAACAUUAAUCAAUGAUGUUGGAAGAAUGGUUGAAAUGCAACGAGAUAAUGUCGAAGAUUCAUUGUUUUAUUCAGGAUUUCCCAACGAUACAGUAUUUUUUCAACGUUAUCAACCAUUGUCAAAUAUUAUUUCAUUCCUCGACGAUUUGAUACGUUCCAAUCAGGAUGUUAGUUCCAUGGAGACGAUAGGAAAGUCAGGUGAAGGGCGAGCAAUCAAAAUAAUCAAGAUUGGCUAUCCACCAGCCACAGGACAAAAUAAGUCAAUAAUUUGGAUCGAUGCUGGAAUUCAUGCACGUGAAUGGAUUGCACCAGCCACAGCUACAUACAUCAUUAGCAGACUGAUAAGAGAAAAAGAUGAAGAAGAAAUAUCAAAAAUGCUCAAAACAUUCGAUUUUCAUAUCUUACCAUCGGCAAAUCCUGAUGGCUAUGAAUAUUCAAGACUUUUCGAUCGAUUCUGGCGUAAAACUAGAUCCAGAAAUGCUGGAACAUUUUUAGGUUUUUUCUGUGUUGGAGUUGAUCCAAACAGAAACUAUGGAUAUCAAUGGAGCCGAACAGGUAGCAGUGGUAAUCCAUGUUCCAAUACAUACCAUGGACCUCGUCCUUUUUCCGAACCGGAAACAGCAGCCAUAGCAAGUUACGUAAUGCAAAACAAGGACAAAAUCAAGCUAUUUUUAUCAUUACAUUCGUAUUCUCAAUUAAUACUUACGCCAUGGGGCUGGACCAAAGAUUUACCCAAAGAUCAUGCAGACAUGAUGAGAAUGGCCGAAAUUGCAUCGAGAGCAUUCAAGAUGCGUUAUGGAACAGAAUACCGUUAUGGAAGCAGUACGUCAUUACUUUAUUCUGCCGCUGGCGGUUCAGAUGACUGGGCUUACGGUGCGGCCGGUAUUAAAUACAGUUUCACAGUGGAAUUACGUGAUCGUGGAACUUAUGGAUUUUUGUUGCCUGCCCGUUAUAUUCAACCAACGGGUGAAGAAACAUUCGAUGCCAUUGUAGCUAUGCUAAAUGAAAUUAAAAAGGAACUUUAAAAAUUUGAUUACCAUUUUAUUACCAUGGGACCAAUGAAGAUGUUCGGGGUGCAAAAUAAUAAAAUUUAUUAUAUAUUCGAUGAGUAAAAAUUUUCUUUACGAUUGAACACUGAGUAAUCCGGACCACUAAUCAAAGUGGCUGUGAUAUGAUAUUUGCAUUGCAUUGAUUAAAAAUACGAAACAGAUCACUACCACUUUGAUAAGCAGAGGACACUACUAUUAUUAUUAUAGAUUGGAUUGAUACAAUAUCGGCCACAAUAUGCAACAAUUCCAUGUCAAAACAAAUUUGAUGAAUAUUUUUUCGCAAUCUAAACUCACCAAAGCUGGCUGUGAUAUGAUUUUUACAAUAAACAUUGUCACAACCACUUUGGCGGUUUAGAAAACGAAUCCAAAGAUAUCAACAAGAUGUUAAAUGUAGGUUUCGAAUAUAAAUAUAAAAAUUAUGAUUGAUGAUAUAUCAGAAACCUAAAUCGUGUUAACUAGGCUGUGAUAUGAUUCAAAUAACAAUUCACAGCUCUAUUUACACGAGUUAAGAUCUGUAACCGAAUGAUCCAC